GGCGAGGUGUGUUUGCCACUGUCAAUUUCCAGAAAGGAGACUUUGUAGUGGAAUACAGAGGGGAAUUAAUACAUUAUGAAGAAUCACAAAGGAGGAGAAGAAUAUAUCACCACAAAGCUGCUGUCUUCAUGUUUGACUUUUAUUGGAAUGAUAAACAGUGGUGCAUUGAUGCAUCACUAGAGGAUGGCAGUUUCGGCAGACUUGUAAACGAUGAACACAUAAAUCCAAACUGUAAAAUGAAGAAAAUAACAGUGAAUGCCAAGCCACACCUCUGUCUCUUUGCAUUACGGGACAUCAAUCCCGGUGAAGAAAUAACGUACAAUUAUGGAGGAACUGACUGGCCAUGGAGACAGGUUGUCAAACCAUUGCCUGAGUCUAGUGAUGCAGUGGAAUCUGAAGAAACAGAUCAUCCUCCAACAAAGUCUGCAGGUUGACAAACCAUUAACUGAACCCACUGAGGCAGCGGAGUCUGACGAAACAGAUCAUUUUCCAUCAAAGUCUACUUUGUCUAAAAAGAAG